AUGGAAGAGAUGUUGCGUCAUGCUGAACCUGAGGAUGUUGCUGGGUCCGCUCGUGGGUUGGAUAACUUUGAUGCAUUGAAAAAGGCAGCGAAUGAUCUUUUGUACGAUGAGGCAAAGGGCUGUGAGAAGGAUUUCACAUUGUUGCGGACAGUGCUUGAGCUUAUGAGAUUGAAGGCCAGAAAUGGUUGGUCCGACAGUAGUUUUAACGACUUGUUGGUUCUGUUGAAGAAACUUUUUCCGCAACCCAACUCCCUGCCAACAAGCACCUAUGAAGCGAAGAAGCUUAUAUGCCCUUUGUCACUGGGUGUGCGAAAGAUACACGCGUGUGUUAACAACUGUAUCCUAUUCCGUAAAGAGUACGAGGAUUUGGACAGAUGUACAACAUGCAAGAAUAGUCGAUACAAAACAAGCCGUAGCCAGUCCGAGGGUCUGGAUGUUGCCCUUGACGAUGUAGAAGAGUCCGAUCCAUGCAAAGACAGUAACAAAAAGAAGAUUCCCCAGCUUGUCAUAUGGUACCUUCCGGUGAAAGAUCGUUUGAAGUGUUUGUUCUCAAACCCGAGGGAUGCCGAAUUGAUGCGCUGGCAUCAUGAAAAGCGAAAAAAGGAUGGGAUGAUUCGACAUCCUGUAGAUGCAAGACAGUGGAAGGAAUUUGACAUAAAGUAUCAUAAGUUUGUAGAGGACCCAAGAAACGGACCACAACAACCUGGCAAUGACAUGGAUGUGUUUCUAGAGCCUUUGCUGGAGGAUAUGCGCGAUUUGUGGGAACACGGGAUCCGAGUUUGGGACGAAUUCCUGCGGGAGUACUUCACGCUACAUGCAAUUAUCUUUGUCACCGUCAACGACUUGCCCGCACUGUUUUCCCUAUUGGGACAGAUCAAGGGAAAGACGGGUUGCAUUAUUUGUGUGGAUGGUACCGUGUACAGGUAUCUUAAGCGAUCGAAGAAGCUAGUGUACAUGCGGCACCGACGUUUCUUACGAAAGAAUCACUCGUACCGCUCCCAAGCAGAAUAUUUCGACGGUACUAUUGAGAAAGGUGUAGCACCAGAACCAUGGAAGGGUGAUAAAGUGUUCAGAAUGACCAAAAACCUGAAGGUUGUUUUUGGGAAGACCAAGGAUGGGCUAAAAUCACGUAAGGACCUCGUGGAUAUGCAAAUAAGGAAAGGGCUUCAUCCUGUGGAUGAAGGUAAUAAUGGAAAAGUGUACCUACCGCCUUCUUGCUACACCUUGACAAGAGCCGAGAAAAUGGCAUUGUGCAAAUCCCUACAUGGGGUGAGAAUGCCUACUGGCUUCUCCUCAAACAUUAAGCGACUAGUGUCGAUGAAGGAUCUGUCGCUUUCAGGCUACAAUUCCCAUGAUUGUCAUGUAAUGCUCACAGUAUUCCUCGCGAUUGCAAUUAGAGCAGUCGAACCAAUUCACGUAAAGAUGGUCAUCACAAAGCUCUGUUAUUUCUUCAAUUCCAUAUCUCAGAAAGUAAUUGAUCCUGAAGAGUUAGGUCCUCUCCGGACUUUCGCUAUACAGACAGUGUGCGAGCUUGAGAUGUGUUUCCCACCAUCAUUUUUCGAUAUGAUGCAACACCUCAUAGUUCAUAUCAUGCCUCAGAUAAUUGCACUUGGGCCCCUGUACCUGCAUCAGAUGUGGCCUUUUGAACGAUACAUGUCCAUUCUAAAAGGCUACGUACGGAACCGCGCCCACCCAGAGGGAUCCAUGAUAGAGGGAUACACAACCGAGGAGGUCGUUGAGUGUUGCAUUGAUUACCUAAAAGAUGGGAAAGCAAUUGGUUUACCGGUACCUCGACAUGAAGGUAGAUUAUCUGGGAAAGGAACAAAAGGGAAGAAAAGAAUCCACGACAAUGACUACAAAAAAGUGAAAGAUGCUCAUUUCACUGUGCUGCAGCAACUCGCAAUAGUGGAGCCGUACAUAGAGCAACACCUGCAUGAAUUACAAGCAACAAAUGUGGGUCGAUCUAAUAGAUGGAUCAUGAAGAAACACAAGCAUCACUUUACUGAAUGGUUCAAGAACCUCGAUCUACCAGAUGGCCAUACCAUGGAAAAAAGAUCAAUUAAAAUGCUAGCUGACGGGCCAUCAAGUGUGUAUACCUCGUGGCAAGCAUACGAUCUGAAUGGAUACACGUUUUACACAAAAGCGAAAGACAAAAGGAGUGCAUGCCAAAACAGUGGCGUUCGCGUAGAAGCAAUCGACACAACUGAGCAAAAGAGCACAUACUACGGAUUCAUAGAAGAAAUCUGCGAACUAGACUACGGGCCAAAUAUGCAGAUUCCACUGUUUCGGUGCCAAUGGGUGAAACACCCAGCCGGCGUGUCUGUGGACAACUUUGGGCUGACAAUAGUUGACUUUGAAAAUGUAGGCCACAAGGAUGACCCAUGGGUGCUUGCCGAUCGGGUCGCUCAAGUUUUCUAUGUGACAGACCCAUCUCAUUUGAAGAAAGACAUAGUUAUUUCGGGAAAACAAAGGAUUUUGGGAGUUGAUGAUGUCGAAGAUGUCGAGGCAUACAAUCAAUAUGAGAACAUGACACUAUUCAUAGAUUUUCGAAACAAGAUAUUACGCGUCGAAGAAUCAAUUGGUGAAUCGCCGAAGCCAUACAUGAGAGAUGAAGGUGUGGGGAAAAGUGUUAGAUGCUAA